UUCUGUGCAAUGCUGUGUAUUUUCUGUGUAUUUAAGGCCAUGUGCAGGCUCAUGUGAGCAGUAGAUCUCAGUGUGCAGCUGCCUCUCUGCUGAGCCGGUUCUAUUGAAAGCUUUCCCGGCCCCUCUGCCUGUGCUGUUGUGCACCCGCUGCCCUUCCCACCCGUCCCCUGAAGGACAGACCUGUUCUCCUGCCAUGGGAAGGAACGGGAAGAUUGUGCUUUGAAGCUGCCCAGGGUCUCUCUGAACCAGGUAAAGGCAGGUCUCCGUGCCACAGACACAGACUGAGGGGGCUGCGAAACCACAGACCAGCCCGCUGACUCCUCGUAUGGUGGUCUUGGAUUCCAGGUCAAUCAGGAGAGAAGCCACUGCACUGCUGCUGAGUAAAGCACCGCAGCACCCAGGCAAGGAGAAGGAAUAGAUACUCCCUGGUGUCUCCCUGAGAGAGGCGAGAUGGGGAAGGGAGAGAGUCCCACUGAGGACUCCCAGCAGUCAGAGCAGCCCCUUAACCGCAAUGGAGACCUCAACAAAGGAAGGAAGCCAGGGAAUGGAUUUGGCUGCACCUUAAUAUGCUCUGUUAUCUGCUUAGUCCUAGUCGGCGUCGCUGGUUUAAUCAUUGGUUUGGCAACAGCUCUGGCAGUACAUAGAGCUAACUCACCUGUGGCUGAUCCUGGACCACUUGCCGCCCGCUGCUGCUCAGACGGCUGGGUCGGAUACCGAGGGAAAUGCUACUAUUUCUCAGACGCCGAAGGGAACUGGACCUACAGCCGGAGCAGCUGCGCCUCCCUCGGCGCCUCCCUGGCUGGGAUCGACAGUGAGCCGGAAAUGGCUUUCAUGCUGCGCUAUAAAGGCAAACCUGAGCACUGGAUCGGCCUCCGGAGAGAGCAGGAUCUGGGCCAGCCCUGGAAAUGGGCCAACGGCAGCGAAUUCAACCGCUGGUUUCAGAUAAGAGGAGGCGGCGACUGCGCGUAUCUGAAUGACGAGAAAGGCGUCAGCAGCUCACGGUGUGUUAUGACGAGAUACUGGAUCUGCAGCAAACCAGACGCCUAUACAAAGGGAAAGGGCCGUGCAAUGGGAGAGCAAAUUUAAGCGAAUCCCAUAAAUUAGACUUGGAAAGGCCAUAUUGGGCCACCUCUGGUGGUUCACUCUUACUACCAGCAGGUGGUGCAGAAUGGGGUUUUUAGUCUCUUAGGUUUUGUCUAAUCUUGACUGUAAAUGUCCCCAGUGAUUGAGC